GUGGUUGUUGGCGGGAUGUUUCCUGUCCACAAACGCAUCAGCUCCAGUGAUGGAAACACUUCGAGGCUGCCCGUCUCCUCGGGGUGUGAGGGGUUUAACUUCCGGACUUUCCGCUGGACGCAGACCAUGCUGUUUGCCAUCAACGAGAUCAACCAGAGGAUGGACCUCCUGCCGGACACCGACCUGGGAUACGUCAUCUACGACUCCUGCUUCACCAUCUCCAAGGCGGUGGAGGGCACCCUCACCUACCUGACAGGCCAGGACGAGGCCGUGCCCAACUACCGCUGCGGGUCCGGGGCCCCUCUGGCUGCUCUGGUGGGGGCCGGGGGCUCCGACCUGUCCAUCGCCACAGCCAGGAUACUCGGGCUUUAUCACUUUCCACAGGUCAGCUACUCUUCAACCUGCUCUGCCCUGGAAAACAAGUUCCAGUUCCCCACUUUUCUCAGGACCAUCCCCAACGACAAGCACCAGUCUACGGCCAUCGCCAACCUGGUUCUCCGCUUCGGCUGGACGUGGGUGGGCACCAUAGCUGCCGAUGACGAUUACGGGAAGUAUGCCAUCAAAGACUUCCAGGAGCAGGUGGAGGAAGCUGGUGUCUGCAUCUCCUUCUCUGAGGUGCUGCCCAAGGUUAGUUCCCCAAAGGACAUCCAGCGUAUUGUCCAGACCAUAGUGGAGGACACGGCUAAAAUCAUAGUGGUCUUCUCUUCAGACGUGGACCUCAGCCCCCUCAUCCACGAGCUGGUCCAGCAUAAUGUCACCAACCGAACCUGGAUAGCCAGCGAGGCCUGGAUCACCUCCGCCCUCAUCAACCAGCCCGGGGUGAACUCAGUGCUGGGUGGGACCCUGGGUUUUGGGGUGAAGAGGGCGGACAUCCCUGGUCUUCAGCACCAUCUACUGGAAAUGGACCCAUAUGCUAACCCACUCACUGAGGAAUUCUGGGAAACGUUGUUUAACUGCACAUUGGACUAUGGUAAGGCGGUGAGGCAGGCCAGACAGAGGGCUGUGGAGGUGAACUCCACUUUGCCCCGGGCGGUGAGUGGGGUCCCUGAUGGUCUGUGCACAGGCGGUGAGUCUAUAGCACAGCUGGGGAACACCUACUCUGAUGUGUCCCAACUACGGAUCACCUACAGUGUAUAUAAAGCCGUGUACGCUGUGGCCCACGCCCUGCACCACCUGGAGCACUGUGAGGAUGGACAGGGGCCGUUUGUGGGGAGCAGUUGUGCUGACAUCAACAACUUUGAGCCAUGGCAGCUGAUGUACUACCUGAAGAACGUGCGCUUCAAAAUGCCGCACACGGACGAGGAGGUCUACUUCGAUGAAGGGGAUGUAGAAGGCGUCUAUGACAUCAUUAACUGGCAGGUGGACGGUAACGGGGAGAUAUCCUACGUCACUGUGGGGAACUACAACGGCUCGGCAGCUCCUGAGGACCGAAUGACUUUAAUGAAUGACUCCAUCAUGUGGAGCAAUGAAGUGAUGGAGCCUCCUCGGUCAGUGUGCAGUGAGAACUGCCAGCCGGGCACCAGGAAAGGCAUCCGGCAGGGAGAGCCGGUCUGCUGCUUCGACUGUAUCCCCUGUGCUGAUGGAGAGAUCAGCAACUCAACCAAUGCUCGUGCAUGCAUCCUGUGCAGUUAUGAGGAUUGGUCCAAUGAAGCGCAUGACGCCUGCAUACCAAAAAUCAUCGAGUUCCUGGCGUUCGGAGAGCCGCUUGGCAUCACUCUCAUCGUCAUCUCGGCCUUCGGAGCGCUUGCCACCAUCGCUGUGGGGGUGGUGUUGGUUGCACACAUCGGCACCCCGCUGGUGAAAGCUAACGACGCUCUGCUUAGCUUCUCGCUGCUCUUAUCUCUGGUGGUGACCUUCCUCUGCUCCAUCGUCUUCCUCGGGGAGCCUCAGCACUGGAGCUGCAUGACCAGCCAGGUGGCCCUCGCUCUGGGCUUUGCUCUCUGCCUCUCCUCCAUCAUGGGUAAGGCGGUGGUGUUGAUGAUGAGAGCGCAGGCUCUGAAGGCGGCUCGACUCAAAGCCAAAGCUGCAGCCAAAGCAGCAAAGGAAGCAGCUCAGUCAGCAAACAGCAACAGCCCUGACGUCAUAGUAACCAGCUCCUUCAACACUGAUACCAACACCUGCGCUGAACCUGAGACUGACAGGCUCACCUGCGGCCACCAGAGGGCGAUAGCUGCUGUGGCAACAUUAAUACAGGCUGUAGCGUGCACAGUGUGGCUCAUCAUCCUUCCUCCGCACCCCUUGGAGAACACCUCCGCUCAGAAUAUAAAGAUCAUUCUGGAGUGUGACGAAGGCUCGGUGGUCUUCAUCUGUUGUAUCUUCGGGUAUGACAUCCUGCUGGCCCUGUUGGCCUUCAUCUUCGCCUUCAUCGCCCGCAAACUGGAGGAUCACUUCAGCGAGGCAAAGUGUGUGACGUUCGGUAUGCUCGUCUUCUUCAUCGUAUGGAUUUCUUUCGUCCCGGCGUAUCUCAGCACACGGGGGAAGUUCAUGGUUGCUGUGCAGAUUUUUGCCAUCCUGGCGUCGAGCUUCGGCCUGCUGACCUGCAUCUUCCUGCCCAAGUGUUACGUCCUGCUGGUGAAACCUGAGCAGAACCGAGAGGACAUGAUGAAGCCCAGACCAAAACUCCGAGACGGGGCGUACACCGGGACCUCCGCCUCGCUAGCUACAGCCGGGACAGAGGUCAACGCCACCAUCGCAUCCACUGCCAUCGAUGAUUAAAGGAGAAGCAGAAGAAAUAAACUGAGCCACAAUCGUAAAGUAAUGUAUGAGGCAGAUGUGUUACAGUUUUUCCAACAUCUGGCAGCUGAUUAACGCUCCUAGGUUUAAAUACUACUGUCAUUAGAUCACCUUGCAAAAAAUAUACCUUACAAAAUAUUAACUUUUUCACAUAGAUUUUACAAUCAUGUUUUAAAAAUCAU